AGAUGGCCGUUUGACUGCCACCGCAGGCAUCGCGCGACAUGUCCGAGCUGUGCCCUUAGUUUUCGCGGAUUUCAUGAACGAAAAAACCGUGAAAGUGUUGCGAAAAUAUGUGAAAAGUGUACGGGAGGCGUUUCAAAGCGCAACGUGCCAGUGAUUUACAGUGUGAGACGUGGAAUUGUGCGUGCGAAAAUCGAUCCGUGUGUGAAUUUGGGAGUGAAGUUUUCCGUGGAGCAACGUCAAACGUCAGCGGCGUGAAAACAUCAACAAAACUCCCCCGCAUUUCUAGGUUUUCAGCGUUUCGUGGGGAGCGGUAGCAGUUGCACAUUGCGUCAGCGUUGCAGUCUCGUCGUGGGAGCAGUUGCAGCCGUGGCGGAAAUGAUGGGCGAAACCAAACAGAUCGACUUGUAUGAAUUUCUUGUCGAAUCUGAGCUACAACACUACUACAAUUCCAUCAAAACUGAACUGAAAAUCACCAACGUCGUGCAUUUAAAGUAUGCAUCGGAUGAGGAUUUAAAGUUGAUUGGUCUUUCACGACCUGAAAUCCGACGCAUGCGAAAAUUUUACGAUAGAUACUAUCCGCACGGAUAUCUCAGUAAAUUUAAAAGACUUUUACAGAAUCCUAGGCGCGAUGAAGGCUCACUACCAAAUCAAAUGGCUUCUGCCUCAGAACUGGUUAAGCCAUCAAACUCGCCAAGCAAAGUUCCAAGCAAUAAACAUAUUAUUCCUGCUGAAUCGAUUUGUAUUAAUAAACAAUUGGGAACGGGUGAAUUUGGAAUUGUGCAACAAGGCGUUUGGACAAAUGGAACUGAAAGGAUCCAAGUUGCGAUUAAAUGUCUAUCGCGUGAACGGAUGCAAUCCAAUCCAAUGGAAUUUCUGAAAGAAGCUGGAAUUAUGCAUUCUAUUGAUCACGAGAAUAUCGUGCGACUUUAUGGUGUCGUUUUGGGCACUGACUCAUUAAUGCUUGUGACUGAAUUAGCCCAUUUACGUUCAUUGCUCGAGUGCCUCAAGGAUUCGGGAUUGCGUGUUAAUUUUUUAACGGUACCGACUCUAUGUGAAUUUGCGAUGCAAAUAUGUAAUGGCAUGAUGUACUUGGAAAAUAAGCGUUUAAUUCAUAGAGACUUAGCAGCCAGAAAUAUUCUGGUUUUUAGCAAAAAUAAAGUUAAAAUAUCGGAUUUCGGAUUAUCACGAGCGUUAGGCGUCGGAAAAGAUUAUUAUAAGACUAAUUUUAAUGUCAAUUUAAAACUUCCCAUUGCAUGGUGUGCACCGGAGUGUAUUAACUAUCUCAGAUUCACAAACGCGUCAGAUGUUUGGGCGUAUGGUGUUUGUUUGUGGGAAAUGUUUUCUUAUGGUUUCCAACCAUGGGCAGCUCUGACAGGCAUCCAGAUUCUGGAAGCUAUUGAUGAACCAAACUAUCAGCGCCUCGAACAACCGGAAUGUUGUCCACGUGAAUAUUAUAGUCUAAUGUUAAAAUGUUGGGCUCAUGAUCCGGCAAAAAGGCCAAAAUUUAGUGAUAUAUAUGCCAUACUACCCGACAUGAAACCUGAACAAUUAAAAACAAUCGUUAGUAAUUGCGAACCGAAAAAGGAUCAUCUAAUGUAUCGGCAGGGUGAAAUUGUUACAGUCUUAGACAAGUGUACAAAUUCACAGUAUUGGAAGGGUAUUCUAAACUCAGGGAAAACGGGUCUUUUCAAUCCGGCCAAUACAGUAGCUUAUGUCGAGGGUCUUCCAACUUCAAAUAACAGGGAUUCAUUUUGUCGAACAAGUGAUCGGCAAAGCAAACGGAAACUUCGGACGGAAAUGAUAUCGAUGCCACAGAAUGAUUUCAAGCAUACAGGACACGUAGGAUUAGAUGGAGCGUACUUUGGGGAUGUUGCAUUUAUAGCUAGCUCUCAGAACUACAAUCAACUGCCACGUCAAAUCGUGACCCCCUACAAGCCAUCCGAGGAUAUCGAACAAACUCCACUCCUUCUCCCUCCCACUCCAACCAGUCCGGACUCCCUGCAAACAGCUAGCGGCUACUUCCCCGAGGCUACCUCAUCUACAAAUCCCUCCUUUGUCAAUUCAAAUGAAAAUACACCCAAACAUCAAUCAAAUGCCUUUGGAACAUCUUUCGAUUUUCCACCAAAAGCAGUAUUUAGCUCAUCAAAUCCAUUCGCCAGCAGUGCAAAUGCAGCGGACACGUCAUCAACUCUAGCCUUGCAAAAUAACAAUUACGGUCUGGAAGCGAAUGCGUUCACAAAUGCUAAUUUGGAAGAUGAUUCGUUACAUGAUCCCACCUUGUCAGUAACCGCUCAAUCGAAAAACGUCAAGUGGAUGGAAAGUGACUCUGAUGCCCAGCAUGAAUAUCACGAAAUCUCCGAUGACGAAAUAACAAUUGGCACUGGGCCGUCAUUACUGGAUGAGAUCAAUUCCAUGUUUGGUUCGAUGUCGACGACAACGGCAACAACAGUAUCGGGGAAUGUGGAUACGGGUCCUAAAUCACCUGAUUUUGAACACACGAACAAGAAAAAUGAGAUCACGGAGUUGGCUUCGAAAUUAAUUAGAAAAAAUAGUGGGGGCGAUACGAAUGGUAAUAAAUCAAAGAAGAAAAGCACGGGAACGGUGAAACCGAUUUCAGUGAAAGACGAGAAGAUUUUAAAUCAAGCCAUUGAAAUUGCUACGGAAAUUAGUACACGUUCUAUGAACGAUUUAGUCUCACAAGAUUCACCGUCGACUCAAAGUCCAAGACGUAAAUUUAGUUUUCGAUUUCCGAAUCUCACACAUCAUAGUUUAGAUAAAGACAACACAGGACUUGCGUCAGGUUCACAUUAUAACGGAAACUCUGGUACAAUGACGCACAAUAAAGAUCGUAAAAAUUUCUCAGAUGAAUUGAAGAAUAUUCCCGAUUUACAGCGUUUUCGAUCGUUGACUGAAAUUGAGAAAUACGAUUCAGAUAUUCGGAUUCCGCUUUUCGAUAAAGCUAGCGCGGAUUACUGCUUCAAGAAGUCGAAAGAGUUACUUAGUCGACCAUUGAACUUUGAAUUGGCAAAGGACUACGAUUUUGAGAGUAUUCAGAAGCAACAGCAACAGUUGGAUAAGAAAACUCGUGACUUGAUAGGCGAGAAUCUUCUGGAGAUCGAAAAUACUUUAAAAGCCUUAAAUCUAGAUUUUCUCCAAACAUAUAACGAGUUGGACAAAACAGAUUCCGCGGAAACGUUGUUCGACGAACCAUUUACUCAUCAUGCAUCGAAUGCAUCGAUUCGUAAUGGUGGGAGUUCAAAUAAGAUUCGAAAUUCAGCCUUGAAUUUAUAUAAAGGUUCAUCUUCACUGCAAUACGAAGGCAGUGGGGGAAGUGGAGUUGGAACGACAUACAACAGUAAUAAGUUAGAUAUUAAUCCAAGUUUAGAGAAGCAGUUGCAGCAAGCUACUUCCUUUGUUAGCUCUCAGAUCUAUAGCGAACUUAUCGAUAAGUUAGAUGAUAAACGGUCGACAACACCGGAUACAGGGUUCGCUUCACGCGAGACAAACAAUUCGUCGCGAAGAAGCAGUCAAAAAAGUAACUACAGUCCUCAGGAUACUUUCUACAGUCCAAAGGAAUUCAAUUUUCCCAAUACAAUCGAUUCGAGGCCUUAUAUGAAUGCUUCGAACACUAAGUCUUCACCGGUUAAAAGUAUGGUGAACACAAGUAAUAACUCCAUUCAUUCACACGUCCAAAAUUCGCCAUUGGGCGAAUAUUCCUCUUCCCGCCAGCGCUCAAUGUCCUUUACAGAUAACUAUGACCUGAAAUCGCCAGUCCUGUCCGAACCUCAAAAUCGUCCAGUCCGGAUAACGUCAAAUUUCUGCCAUCGCAGUCCCAACUCAUUUCGCAACAAACCUCGUAAUAUUAUAGCGUAUAAGCCGAGAAGUAUAAAAGCGAGGACUCUUCGAAGAUUGAGCUAUAAUCCUAUAAUUUUGGAUAGUAGUUCCUCGACAAGCAGUGAUGAAGAGUUCGAUCAUAGUAUAGCCCAUUCGGAGUGUGAUAUUCGCACCAAAAUGAUGACUUCUGCUAGAAAACGCAGACAAUAUAUGAACAGAAAGACUGCUCUCUCGGAUGAUCCAGCACAAAAUAAAAUUUACGGCUCAAACACUAGCAUCAAAUCCGCCCCUCAGUACAAUUACUGCCACGACAGACGACAGAGAUACGCUAAUCCACCCGGCUUUCGUUACGAAAUGGAGAUAAAUGAGAAAAUAUAUGACUUUGGGGGAGGACGUGGUCCUGGCAACAACUACGGGGCGUCCAUUCCGUCUGUUGGGCCAAAUUCUCUCAUAAAACCGCCCAGAGCGUUUGCAAUGAAUGGAUCCAAUUACGAUGAUGAGUUCCCUUACACAGAAUUUGAUGUCUCCAAACUCACGGGUAAAAGUCCAACAACACAUAACUAUUUCCAUUCGACUGAUAGUAAAGAUGUUCGAAUUACUCGCGAAGGUGGCACUCCGGCUAAGCCACGUCCACAGAAGCUGCAAGCUGGUCCGGCGCCUGGCUUCCAAUGGCCCGAAAAAAUAGCCGGAUCGACAGUUAAGCAGAAUGAUUUAAUGUGGCUGCAGCAACAAACCAAGCCCACUCCUAGUACAUUAUUUGAUGUCAAACGUCCAGUUAAACCAUCGUUUUCUAGUGAUAGUUCCUCAUCCGAUGAUACCGAUGAGAUUCCAUUUACACGGGAAUUCAAUCCUCGCGUACCACCUAGCCCCGCUCCAUGAAUUGUGAAUGAUUUUCUAGUGAGUAGUUUGCUCUAGGUUGUUUUAGGUGACUAAAAAGGUCAAUGUCUUUUUUCUGUGCUACCCUCGAUUGAAAGUUCGUGUGCUGCUAAGUGGUGUAACUCCGAAAAUGUAGCUCUUCUGUUUCAUUUCCUACAAAAUAGUGAUGAUUUAUCAAUGGGUUGGCAAACAGAUAGUUGUAGUUUUUGUUUUUAAAAAAGAUGUGAUAUUUCAUCCACUUACUUUCCAUCAAUAAAAUGAUACACAUAAUAUGAAAUAAUAAUAAAAAGGUCGUUAUUUUUAUUUUUUUUAUAAUGAACUUUUCCGUAUCUGAAUCCAACCUCCCUUGUUGGUAAUUAGCUGGCAUCUCUGCUGGCAAUUUUCGAUUAAUAUCGAUUCAUUUUCUCUUCAGUGCACGAUGAAUGGUUUUGUUAUUUUUAAAUUUAAGUUGAUCGGAGCUUUAUUAGCUUUAUUAGUUCCAAACGUUUCCUAUUAGAUUGGCAUUUAGUGGUUGAUAUGACUGGUUUAUUUUGCCGAUCCCAUUUGAGGCUAUACAUUACGGGAGCAGUUUUUUGGGUGGUUGUAAAGAACCUUUCGGUUCGGCCAAAUUUGUUCAAUUGCACCAUAAAUUUUCGUCAAGAUGUUGGUAAACCAAACUCGCUAAUGUCCUGUGCUAACAAGUGCCUUUACAGGAUAUUUCACGAUAUAUUAGGAAAACCUUUCGCCUUCCUUAUACCAUAUAUAUGGUGGCCUCGAGGAACCUAAUUAGCACUGUGGUGUACCGUUUUAAUCGCACAAACUUCUAAGAGUGUGAUUACUGUGGGAAGGGCAAGUGGAAUCCAGGAAUCCAGCCGGCUCAGAUGGUCAGAGUCAGCCUGUCGCGUUUACGAUGGAUAUCGGCUUCCCCACCCUACAACAAGAGAUUUCUUUGAGUCUCCAAAAAUUUGUUCAUCUGAGGCUUUCUUCCUUCUCUCCGCAACUUCAACGAGUCUGUCGGCGUGGUCUUUUAUAGACCAAUGCUUGUACGCAUUCGCAUGCCUCUGGCUCUCGCAAUCAGCUCUUUUUAUAUCAGGGCCAAAUCCUUCCCGACUUGGCGCAGGUGGUGUUACUUCAUCUGUAGUCAGUAGCUGUUAAGUAGUGAGAGCAGAUUUCGCCCUUGACAGUGACCAGUGGAACACCAACUGAACCCACCAAGGGACUACCAAGAACAAAGCUUCGCCUGGGCUCUUCAUUUCCCUCUUUGCACCAUAUGCAAUUUCACUGUUUUGUAAAGCUAAAAAGUGGCUCACUUGUGAAAGUGACUUCAGUUCUCAAUCGGUAUCAAUAUAUUUUUUGAAUCUGUUACACACUGUUUGACGUCUGUUUCUAUGAGAGUAAAGGUUCCACGGAGUACCUUGUUUUAUAAAAGUGUAUGUUUACAGCGGCCUGAUAUAUUCGGUUAUUCUUCAAAGAAACGACAUUUCAUUCUUUUCCGCAUUCGCCUCCUACCUAUCUCGGCAAAAUUGUCUGUAUUUUCAUAUUUACUAGCUCAUCUACUGACGAAAGCACUUCUCCUAUUCAGCUUUUUUCCAUGUUUGGUAAUGAAAAACGUUUCGAAUGCUUUUUUUAUUGGAACACUCAUUCCUGUUUGUUUGUCUUCAGGCCCUUAUUCAGAAAAGAUAAAACUAUAUGAAGGGUCGGGGAAAUCUAUUAAGGUUUAAACAAAUUGUAAGACAUGCUUUGUGAGAUAUUGAGAUGAAGUUAACGAAACUUGGUAGUUUAUUCAUCAUCAUCAAUGGCGCAACCACCAGGCAUCCUGGUUUUGGGUCAAAGUCCACCAAUUCGAUAUCUCUAACAACUGUCUGUUGUCCUGGCCUAACCUACCCUGGGUCAAAGUCCACCAAUUCGAUAUCUCUAACAACUGUCUGUUGUCCUGGCCUAACCUACCCCU